UAAAAUUAGGUCACGUUGGUUUUAGGUCAAGCUUAAGAACUUUUAUUUUGAAGGUUAACCACCAAGUUGCAGCAGAACCGGAUGUUACUCUUUGAGCCAUAUGGUGUCUAACGUGAGUAGAGCGGACUCGGUUUGUUGUGCUGAGGAAGUGUGUGUGAGCUCCAACAGUACUGGUCCAUCAGAGCCUCUGUGUGUCCGGAUGAACCUGUCUGAUGGACUUUGUGCUGCUCACCUUCUUUCUGAAUGUUUUACCUCUGACUCGUCUCCCGGUAGCUACAAAGCUAUUGACGCUAGCUUAGCAUGCUAGCUGGUUAGCAACACAGUUUGAAGGAGAGCAAAGAGUGUUUUUGACGGAGUUUGUUCGGAGGAAAAGUUUCUGUCAUUGCGUGAAAAAUGUCUAAAGUCCAAAUGCUGAGAGCGUUGGUGGAGCAGCGACUAACUGCGGCUGCUGAAGAGAUAUUUGGGCUGUUUGAAGGAACGAUAGCAGAGUACGAGGAGGAACUUUGUCGUUCAAAAGAGAAGAACGAGCGACAACAGAAACUGCUGGACGCUGUUUUAAACCCUCAGCUUCGGUUACACCGAGCAGACCACACUGAGAUCCCGCCCCCUCCCGACAAAGUGGCCCCACCCCCGACGCUGCUCAUCCAGGAGGAGAUUGGUUCUGAGAUCUGUCAAUUGACGGAGCGGUUCACCCAAUCGCUGGGCGGCCUCUCUGAAGUCCCGCCUCCCUCACCCUUCUACACUAACAGCUGCUGCCAGACCACGCCUGAGUCCGCAGACGUCCAGCAGCUGUCGGUGGUUAAAGCAGAGGUUCCCCCUGAGCAGCAGGAGUGGAGCUCCAGUCUGGACCAGGAGGACACAAAGCCCCCCCCACACAUUAAAGAGGAACAGAAGGAACUCUGGACCAGUCAGGAGGGAGAGCAGCGUCAAGGGCUGGAGGAGGCUGAUAUCAAGUUCCCGUUAACUUCUGUCCCUGUGAAGAGUGAAGAAGAUGAUAAAGAGAAAGCUCAGUCCUCACAGCUUCAUGAAAGCCAAACUGAGGAGAACAGAGAGGCAGAGAGAACAGAAGCUGAUGGAGAGGACUGUGGAGGACCAGAACCAGCCAGGAACUCAGAUCCAGAUAGUCCUUUACAACCAGCUACUCAUGACAAGACUUCAGACUCCUCUGUAUCUCAGACUGUCAGCGGUGAUUUGGAGGAGACUAGGGAACCUCAGUCAGGUUUAAACCCUCUGAAAAACAAUGAAGUAGCUGUAAGUGAUGUGGAAUGUAAUACUGGAAACACAUCAGUUAGCUCCUCUGAAUGUGCUGGAAGCGUUGGCCACAAGAAACCUCUGCAGAAACACUCUGGAGUCCAAACAGGAGGGAAAACAUAUUGUUGCUCAGUUUGUGGUAAAAGAUUUCCACAUCCUUGUAGUCUGAAACAGCACUUAACUGUCCACACUGGGGAGAAAUCAUUUAGUUGCUCAGUUUGUGAUAAAAGAUUUGCACUAAAGCAACAUCUGACACGACACUUGGCUUCCCACACUAAGGAGAAAUCAUUUAGUUGUUCAGUUUGUGAUAAAAGAUUUGCACAAAAGCAUUAUCUUAAUCGACACUUGGCUUCCCACACCGGGGAGAAAUCAUUCAGUUGCUCAGUUUGUGAUAAAAGAUUUGCACAAAGUAAAAAUCUGAAACGACACAUGGCUGUCCACACAAGGAAGAAACCAUUAAGUUGUUCAGUUUGUGGUAAAGGAUUCUCUCUUAAGAAGGCCUUAACGAACCACAUGAAACUUCAUUCAGAAGGGAAAAUGUUCAACUGCUCAGUUUGUAAAACAGGUUUCAGUAGCAAAAGCAAUUUGACGAGACACAUGAGAAUCCACACGGGGGAGAAACCAUUUAGUUGUUCAGUUUGUGAUAGAAGAUUCUCUCAGCUCAGUCACGUUAAAAGUCACAAGUGUGUUGGUGAGAGCAGCAGAAAGAAGUGAAGCUGCAGAGAUGCUCGCUGAGACAAGUUCUUCUCCGGCAGGAUUGUAAAGUUCUGAAAGCAAGACUUGGUUCAACACUGAUCAGCUAAAAAACUGUCAGAUUUAAGGCAGAAACAGACUCUAAACGGAGCUUUUUCAGCUCAAACAAAGCUACACAAUCAUUGUUAUUCUGUUUCUCUUUGUCUCUAUUUUGAUUUCUAGCCAGUGUGCCUUUUUUGGUAUUCCAUUUAUUUAUUGAUUAAACUUGUUUUAAGUUGUGUAAA